UGCCUGGUUGCACCCAGGGAGAGGUCGCAAACCGGCCCCACCAGGCUCUUGGCACCUUCCUGCCCUGGGCUCGCUUUCCCGAGUGGGGCCACUCGGGCUCCUCCCCGCCUGCCAGGGCACCGCGCGCGCCCCUCACCCGUGUCCCUGUCUCCCCGCAGCGCCCCGCCGUCCGCACGGAGCAUGAACAUUGAGGAUGGCGCGCGCCCGCGGCUCCGCGCGCCCCCCGCGGCCGCCCGCUAGGAUGUGGUGGCCCCGCGGGGCGCUGCUCUUCCUGUGGCUCGUGUCACCGCCCCUGGGCGCCGCCGCUGCCUCCGGGGGCGCCCCGCCCGCCACCUCCUGCCCCGCGGCCUGCUCGUGCAGCAACCAGGCCAGCCGGGUCAUCUGCACGCGAAGGGACCUGGCUGAAGUGCCCGCCAGCAUCCCGGUCAACACGCGCUACCUGAACCUGCAAGAGAAUGGCAUCCAGGUGAUCCGCACCGACACCUUCAAGCACCUGCGGCACCUGGAGAUCCUGCAGCUGAGCAAGAACCUGGUGCGCAAGAUCGAGGUGGGCGCCUUCAACGGGCUGCCGAGCCUCAACACGCUGGAGCUGUUCGACAACCGGCUGACCACGGUGCCCACGCAGGCCUUCGAGUACCUGUCCAAGCUGCGCGAGCUGUGGCUGCGCAACAACCCCAUCGAGAGCAUCCCGUCCUACGCCUUCAACCGCGUGCCCUCGCUGCGCCGCCUGGACCUGGGCGAGCUCAAGCGGCUCGAGUACAUCUCGGAGGCGGCCUUCGAGGGCCUGGUGAACCUGCGCUACCUCAACCUGGGCAUGUGCAACCUCAAGGACAUCCCCAACCUGACGGCGCUCGUGCGCCUCGAGGAGCUGGAGCUGUCGGGCAACCGGCUGGACCUCAUCCGGCCCGGCUCCUUCCAGGGCCUGAGCAGCCUGCGCAAGCUGUGGCUCAUGCACGCGCAGGUGGCCACCAUCGAGCGCAACGCCUUCGACGACCUCAAGUCGCUGGAGGAGCUGAACCUGUCGCACAACAACCUGAUGUCGCUGCCGCACGACCUCUUCACGCCGCUGCACCGCCUCGAGCGCGUGCACCUCAACCACAACCCCUGGCACUGCAACUGCGACGUGCUGUGGCUCAGCUGGUGGCUCAAGGAGACCGUGCCGUCCAACACCACCUGCUGCGCGCGCUGCCACGCGCCCGCCGGCCUCAAGGGCCGCUACAUCGGCGAGCUGGACCAGUCGCACUUCACGUGCUACGCGCCCGUCAUCGUGGAGCCGCCCACGGACCUCAACGUCACCGAGGGCAUGGCGGCCGAGCUCAAGUGCCGCACGGGCACCUCCAUGACCUCGGUCAACUGGCUCACGCCCAACGGCACGCUCAUGACGCACGGCUCCUACCGCGUGCGCAUCUCGGUGCUGCACGACGGCACGCUCAACUUCACCAACGUCACGGUGCAGGACACGGGCCAGUACACCUGCAUGGUCACCAACUCGGCGGGCAACACCACGGCGUCGGCCACGCUCAACGUGUCGGCCGUGGACCCCGUGGCGGCCGGGGGCGGCGUGGGCGGCGCGGGCGCGGGCCCGGGCGGCGGCCCCGGGGGCGCGGGCGGCGGCGGCCCCGGGCCCGGCGGCGGCUACACCUACUUCACCACGGUGACGGUGGAGACCCUGGAGGCGCAGCCCGGGGAGGAGGCCCUGCAGCCGCGCGGCACCGAGAAGGAGCCCCCGGGGCCCACGACCGACGGCGCCUGGGGCGGCGGCGCGGGGGGCGGCGGCGGGGCGCGCCCCGGGGAGGCGCUGGGCGCCGCCGCCGCCGCCGCGUCCACCACGGCGCCCGCCCCGCGCUCCUCGCGGCCCACCGAGAAGCCCUUCACGGUGCCCAUCACGGACGUGACGGAGAACGCGCUCAAGGACCUGGACGACGUGAUGAAGACCACCAAGAUCAUCAUCGGCUGCUUCGUGGCCAUCACCUUCAUGGCGGCCGUGAUGCUCGUGGCCUUCUACAAGCUGCGCAAGCAGCACCAGCUGCACAAGCACCACGGGCCCACGCGCACCGUGGAGAUCAUCAACGUGGAGGACGAGCUGCCGGCCGCCUCGGCCGUGUCGGUGGCGGCGGCGGCCGCGGCGGCCGGCGGGGCGGGCGUGGUGGGCGGCGACAGCCACCUGGCCCUGCCCGCGCUGGAGCGCGACCACCUCAACCACCACCACUACGUGGCGGCCGCCUUCAAGGCGCACUACGGCAACCCGGGCGGCGGCGGCGGCGGCGGCGGCGCCAAGGGCCCCGGCGGCCUCAACUCCAUCCACGAACCUUUGCUCUUCAAGAGCGGCUCCAAGGAGAACGUGCAGGAGACGCAGAUCUGAGGGGCCGCCCGGGGGAGC